ACUCCUGAAUGAACUCGAACCUUCCCUUCAGGCUUAAAAAAAAAUAUGCUUUGAACAGGAUUUUUCACGCCCUUGAACACUGAGGGCUGCUUUAAAGAUCCUUGAUGCCCCUUUUAGGUUCUCUGGUGGCAGCUUUUACUUCAUGUUUUUAAAAGAUAUUUUUGCUCUUCUUGGUGAAGUAUUUUUGCAAUGUAUCUCGUCGUGAGGCUCUGAAAAUAACUCCCUCUCCGAUGUCCUACUCGUGGUCCCCUUCCCCCAUAGACUUUUAUAGAAUUUCUAAGGCCAUGAUUUAAUGACAGAAUUUCAAAGGCCGUAAGAGUUUUCAUGCCCCUCAACUCAUUGCUGAGGUUUCUGAGCUUGUAUACCGCUUGUUGAUAUUCUAGAAAGAGGCUUUGUUCUGCACUUUUUAGCUCUGUUUGGAAGACUAGUCUGUUUUUCUAGGAAGUUAGGAGUUAUGUGUAGUUUUGCUCUUUUUGACUUUGAAAAUAUCUGAUUACAUGGGUCAGAACGCCGAGAGGACGCUGACGGUGAAGGAUUUCCUUGUAUCCUGCUCACUUAGAAAAUUUGAUAUGCCCCCCCCCCCACACACAGUGUGAAAAACAAUUUGAAUGGAAUUGCUCGCUAAAAAGGAGGACCCCUUUUCCCCCCAGAAAUUACUCAAUGCUGAAACCUUUCAAAGUGAUAUUAGAGAAGUUGGAAGCACCAUGGAUGGGUUUUAUGAUCAGCAAGUCCCUUUUAUGGUUCCAGGGAAAUCUCGAUCCGAGGAAUGUAGAGGGCGGCCUGUGAUUGAUAGAAAAAGGAAGUUUUUAGACACAGACCUGGCUCAUGAUUCUGAAGAGUUGUUUCAGGAUCUCAGUCAACUUCAAGAGGCUUGGUUAGCUGAAGCACAAGUUCCUGAUGAUGAACAGUUUGUCCCAGAUUUUCAGUCUGAUAACUUGGUGCUUCAUGCCCCACCUCCAACCAAGAUCAAACGGGAGCUGCACAGCCCCUCAUCCGAGCUGUCCUCCUGCAGCCAUGAGCAGGCUCUUGGUGCUAACUAUGGAGAAAAGUGCCUCUACAACUACUGUGCCUAUGAUAGGAAGCCUCCCUCUGGGUUCAAGCCAUUAACCCCUCCUACCACUCCCCUGUCACCCACCCAUCAGAAUUCCCUAUUUCCCCCACCUCAGGCAACCCUGCCCACCUCGGCACAUGCCCCUGCAACAGGCCCUGUCCAGGCGGUGGGCCCUGCCGCCGCCCCUCAUUCGCUUCCAGAACCUGGACCACAGCAGCAAACCUUUGCGGUCCCCCGGCCACCACAUCAGCCCCUGCAGAUGCCAAAGAUGAUGUCUGAAAACCAGUAUCCAUCAGAACAGAGAUUUCAGAGACAACUGUCUGAACCCUGCCACCCCUUUCCUCCUCAGUCAGGAGUUCCUGGAGAUAAUCGCCCCAAUUACCACCGGCAAAUGUCAGAACCUAUUGUCCCUGCAGCUCCCCCACCCCCUCAGGGAUUCAAACAAGAGUACCAUGACCCACUCUAUGAACAUGGGUUGCCAGGCAUGCCAGGCCCCCCAGCACAUGGAUUCCAGUCACCAAUGGGAAUCAAGCAGGAACCCCGGGACUACUGCGUUGAUUCAGAAGUGCCUAACUGCCAGUCAUCCUACAUGAGAGGAGGGUAUUUCUCCAGCAGCCAUGAAGGUUUUUCAUAUGAAAAGGACCCCCGGUUGUACUUUGAUGACACCUGUGUUGUUCCUGAGAGACUGGAAGGCAAAGUCAAACAAGAACCCACGAUGUAUCGGGAGGGGCCCCCAUACCAGAGACGUGGCUCCCUUCAGCUGUGGCAGUUCCUGGUUACUCUUCUUGAUGACCCAGCCAAUGCCCACUUCAUUGCCUGGACAGGCCGAGGCAUGGAGUUCAAGCUGAUAGAACCUGAAGAGGUUGCUCGGCGUUGGGGCAUCCAGAAGAACCGACCUGCCAUGAACUAUGACAAGCUCAGCCGCUCUCUACGCUAUUACUAUGAAAAGGGCAUCAUGCAGAAGGUGGCUGGGGAGCGAUAUGUCUACAAAUUUGUCUGUGACCCAGAUGCCCUCUUCUCCAUGGCCUUCCCUGACAACCAGCGUCCGUUCCUGAAAGCGGAAUCUGAGUGCCACCUCAAUGAGGAGGACACCCUGCCACUGACCCACUUUGAAGACAAUCCUGCUUACCUCCUGGACAUGGAUCGCUGCAGCAGCCUCCCCUAUGCUGAGGGCUUUGCUUACUAAGUUUCUGAGUGGCUGAGAGGCCAAACCCUAGAGCUAGCAGUUCCCAUUCAGGCAAACGAGGGCAGUGGUUUUGUUUGUGUUUUUGGCUGUUCCUAAGCUUGCCCUUUGAGUAUUAUCUGGAGAACCCGAGCUGUCUCUGGAUUGGCACCCUUAAAGACAGAUACCUUGGCUGGGGAGUGGGAACAGGGGGUGGCAGAAAACCACCAAAGGCUGGUGCCUCAGUGCUGAUCCUGACAAGGUUUCUGGGAAGAGAUUGAAAUGGAGCCUCCUUCCCAUGGACGAUAUAUGCAAAGCAAUACCUUGUUCAGGUUAGUACCCACAAAUGGGGACAGCGUGUGUGACCAUCUGCAUUGAUCAUGGACUACUAAAUGCCUUUACAUAGAA